GCAUAGUACAGAACGUCCAACUACUACAAUGAUUUGCCACCUUCGAAUCAACCUAUGAUCAAAGCACAUCCCAAGAAUGCACAUUUGUGACUAAUUCUGUUAAAGCUAUCAACUAUUCUUAUUACCAACUGCUCAUGCCUCUUGGACAGUGAUUUCCUUUUCUUGUGUGGCCUGGAAACUAAUUACAUUUAACUGAAGCAAAACCAUAUUAUCUUGUUCCAUCAAUAAAUCUUUAUUUUGAGGAGUGGCAAGAUGCCCACCGCGCCUAAGCAACGGAAAAUAGCAAUUGUUGGCAGUCGCUCUGUUGGUAAAUCUUCUCUCACAGUUCGCUUUGUCGAGCAUCAUUUUGUAGAAAGCUACUAUCCGACAAUUGAGAACACAUUCAGCCGAAUCAUUAAACAUAAUGGACAAGAUUUCGCAACUGAAAUCGUCGACACGGCUGGCCAAGAUGAAUACAGCAUCCUAAAUUCUAAGCACUUCAUUGGAAUUCACGGAUACAUCAUUGCCUAUUCAGUGGCUUCACGUCAAUCUUUUGAUAUGGUCCGAGUCAUUCGGGACAAGAUACUAAAUCAUCUUGGAGCAGACUACGUGCCUCUCGUGAUUGUCGGGAACAAAAGUGACCUUAAGACCGAACAGCGGCAGGUUUCUUUGGAUGAAGGCCGGCAAUUAGGGGAAGAAUUCCAAUGCGCGUUUACUGAAGCUAGCGCUCGCCUUGGCUACAACGUCGACAAGACCUUUGACCUAAUGGUCGGCGAAAUUGAAAAAUCACAGAACCCGUCGCAACCGGCAGGCGCCAACAAAUGCACUGUUAUGUGACAUCGAAUUCAAGAGGUAAAAAGCACUACGCGGUCCGAUAACAUGGGUUCAUGUCUUGUCAUAUAUGCCUCAACCACAAAAGGAUUCCCGUUGUGUUUCUGGGCUGUAUUCUUUCUCUAUCUUGUCUACCUUGAGCUAUC